AGCCGCCCAGCGCCCGGGCGCGCCGCCGGCGCGCCCCGCGCAUGGCCGCGGCAGAGCCAGAGGCGCGCUACGGGCGCCCGUGCAGCGUCGCUGGCGGCCCCGCCCUGGCGAAGACCAGCCGGGCCGGCCGCGGCAGCGGCGGGGAGCACUGCGGCUUCGGGGACGCGGCGGGCGGCGGAGCGCUCUGGCUCGCGGAGCUGGGCGGCUGCCGUGCGCUGAGGGGAGGCCGGUGCCUGUCCGCGCGCGGGCACCGCGACCGUGCCGGCCUUGCCUGCGUCAGCCGCGGCAGCACCGAGCUGGAGGAGCUGCUGGGCGACCUCCGCCGCGCCGGCUCCCCGGAGGGGCUGCCCUCGCUGCCCUCGCCGAGGCCGGCCUCGGUGUGCGGCGGCAGGCGCCCGCCGCCGCUGCUGGCCAACUCCUUGCUGAGCGCGCGCGCCAACACGCGCGCGGAGGAGCUCGACCGCAUCCUCGAGGGGCCCGGGCGCGGCGAUUCGAGGGCCGCCGAGGGCAGGGGGUCCCCCGGGAGCGCGGGCUCCGUCAGGGGCCCCCCCGGGCCGGGGGCCCCGUUCGACAGCGCGGCGCGCUUCCAGAACCUCGAGCUCGACAUAGACGCGGCGCUGCUCGGGCAGGUCGCGCGCCUCGCGCCGGGGGACGACGCGGCCGGCGAGCUGUGGGCGGGCCAGCAGCGCCUGUUCCUCGUGCCGAUGCCCGCGCACCCGGCGGAGGUCGUGCUGACGCUCGCCCGCGAGGAGGGCGGCCCGCUGUCCAUGUUCGCGUCGCUGCGCCCGUGGCCGCGCCCCACGCCCAAGAUCCACGACCUGGAGGCCGACCUCGACGGCCGCGGAGGGGCGCGCCUGGUCCACGUGCACGGCGGCGGCGAGUCGAGCGGCGGCGAGCGGCCCGAGUCCCUGCACGUGUGCGUGGCGGCGGGGGGCGAUGCCGCCCGCUCGACCUUCCGGCUGCAGUGCGCAUUCACCCGUGCGCAGAGGCGCACGAGCAGUGCGGCGGGAGACGAGCACGGGCCCCAGGGCAGGAUCGCGCUGGGCUCAGGCGCCGGGGCGGAGCAGCGCUGGCUGCAAGACGUCAUGGCCCGCCUGCGCCAGGACCCGGCCGAGCGGGAGAGGUUGGAGUCGCGCGUCCGGGCGCUGAAGGAGAAGCGGCGCCUCCUCCAGAGGAGCCUGACCAGGCCGGCGGAGAACGCGUCCCUCGUCGCCACGACUUGGUCGCCGCAGGCGCGCGCGGAGAAGUCGCAGGUGGCCGCCCAGAGGGAGGCGGAGAGGCGGGCCGCCGCGGCUCGCCGGCGGGAGGAGGCGGAGGCCGAGCUCGAGCGGCAGAGG